AUGGUGGCUAUCAUCAAAUACCUCCACAUCACCGUUGAGCUGUACCACUUGCCUCGGUUGCCCCAAGACGCCGAGACGCGGAGUAGUCUUCACAGCCAGGAAGCCAACCACCGAACCAGUCUUGCAGCCGGGCCACCAUCCCCCGUCUCCUUUCACCUUAGUAGAUGA